AUGGACGGAAUGAAAGAGCCCAAGCCCGAGUGCGGCGCAAAGAAGGGUGGUCAACCAGCCGAAUAUGACGUUGGCCUGCACGUUGCUGGUCUUUUCUUGGUCUUGGCCUUUUCGAUCUUUGGCGCCGGUUUCCCCGUUGUGGCCAAGAAGGUCAAGUGGAUGAAGGUCCCUCCCAAGGUCUUCUUUGCAUGCAAGCAUUUCGGUACAGGCGUGCUCAUCGCGACGGCAUUCGUGCAUCUGCUUCCCACCGCCUUUGGCAACCUCAUGAACCCGUGUCUCCCGGAUCUCUUCACCGACGACUACCCGCCUCUUCCAGGUGCCAUCAUGAUGGGAUCCAUGUUCAUCCUGUUCAGUAUCGAGAUGUGGAUCAACGCCAAGAUUGGCGGCCAUUCCCACGGAGGACCUACUGGUGAUGUGAUGCACGACCACGGUCACGGCCACGGAGCCGCCCAGCCUGCCCGGCCUCCUCGUUACGGCCGCAGCAGCUUCGAUGCCGAGGCGGACAGCAUUGACUUUGAGAAGCGAGUCGCACAGCGCGCGUACGACGACGAGAAGUCACGCUUCCCUGCGCCUUACUCGGAGACUACCUACGGAGCGCCACCACCCGCCAACACCAACUUGUCCGACUCCGACAUGCCGCCUUGGUUCGUCGUUUUCUACGAGCAGUAUGUGCGCCAGCGCAUGGAGAUGAUGAACAUGAUUCGAACCACCCAGGAGAAGCAGACGUCGUCGCAGGUUGCUGUUACGGAAGUCAAGCAGGAAGAUCCGUUUUAUGAUGCCGAGGGCCAACAGGUUGACCCCGCUGUGUAUCGCAAGAUGUCUCUCAACAUUACCAUGCUCGAAGGUGGUAUCCUGUUCCACUCGGUGUUUGUUGGCAUGACUAUCUCCAUCACUAUUGAUGGUUUCAUCAUUCUCCUCGUCGCUAUCCUGUUCCACCAAAUGUUUGAGGGUCUUGGUCUUGGUUCCCGUAUUGCCGCUGUGCCGUAUCCCAAGGGCAGCAUUCGUCCCUGGGUACUAGUCGUCGCUUUCGGCACUACAGCCCCCAUCGGACAAGCCAUUGGACUCCUCACCCGCAGCACCUACGAUCCCGAAAGUGCAUUCGGCCUCAUCAUCGUCGGUGUAUUCAACGCCAUAUCCUCUGGCCUGCUGCUCUACGCUGCUCUCGUCGAUCUUUUGGCCGAAGACUUCCUCUCCGAGGAGGCUAAUCGCCUUCUUUCCAACAAGCAAAAGAUUUCUGCCUUUUGCUACGUUCUUGCCGGAGGUGAGUAA